AGCCAUCCCCGACCUAGAGUGGGGACUCGAAGUCAGACCUGCAGAUUCCACCCCUCGUGUGCAUUCUUUUUUUUCCCAGUGCUGCCACCAACAACAUGUUUCUCACUCGCUCCGAGUACGACAGGGGUGUGAACACUUUUUCUCCAGAGGGAAGUUUAUUCCAGGUGGAAUAUGCCAUUGAAGCUAUAAAGCUUGGUUCCACAGCAAUUGGAAUUCAAACAUCAGAAGGGGUUUGCCUGGCUGUGGAGAAGAGGAUUACCUCUCCACUUAUGGAACCCAGCAGUAUUGAGAAAAUUGUAGAAAUAGAUUCUCAUAUAGGCUGUGCAAUGAGUGGUUUAAUAGCUGAUGCAAAGACAUUAAUUGACAAAGCAAGGGUUGAGACACAGAAUCAUUGGUUUACAUACAAUGAAAUCAUGACCGUAGAGAGUGUGACACAGGCAGUGUCAAACUUAGCUUUACAGUUUGGGGAAGAAGAUGCUGAUCCAGGUGCUAUGUCAAGACCAUUUGGUGUGGCGCUGCUCUUUGGAGGAGUCGAUGAAAAGGGACCUCAGCUGUUUCACAUGGACCCUUCUGGGACAUUUGUACAGUGUGAUGCAAGAGCAAUUGGAUCAGCUUCAGAAGGAGCACAAAGCUCCUUGCAAGAAGUUUAUCACAAGUCAAUGACACUGAAAGAAGCAAUCAAGUCAUCCCUUAUCAUUCUAAAACAGGUUAUGGAAGAAAAACUGAAUGCAACUAACAUUGAGCUUGCAACAGUGCAACCUGGAAAGAAAUUCCAUAUGUACACAAAAGAAGAACUUGAAGAUGUCAUCAAAGAUAUUUGAUGAGGGAGAGAACCUCUCCAAAUGCCUCAUUCCCUUAUCACAGCAAACUGACUCUUCAGUUUUUUUCCAGUGCCUGUAACUUUAUUUCAGCAGCACGUAUGGCUGCUCUUAAACAAGGCUCAAAGAUUUUUUUACAGUUUCUGUACAUAAAAAAGAUCUUCAACAAGAGGAA